AACUGACACAAAAAUCCCUCAGUCGAGACCUGGCAGUGUGCUAGACAACAGGGUGUGUGUGUGUGUGUUACGUACAUCAGAAGUUCAUUUACCACAUUGCUGUCUAGCUGAGCAACAAGCUAAAUUCGUUGUGGUAACUGCCUCGUAGUUGGCCAUCCUUUCUGUUUGUGUGAUUCUAUUCUAUAUUGAAGUGUUUUCUUUAUUAACAUUUAUUUUGUUACGACUGGGACUGUGAUUCUAACCCAGCAAAGCGAAACCGAGGUCGGAUUUAUGUACGUUAUCUAUGAUUCGUUUUGAAAAAAAUUGCAAUUUUCACUUUUUCGCAAUAAUAGGACUAUAGAUCUAGAAGAGGCAAAUAAAACAUUAAAUUUGUUCAGUUUUAACAUAUAUAGAUGAACUCAGUUACGGACUAUGCUGUCGACUACAUUCACGGGCGGGAAAAUCUAUUUUUAGUUUUCCCGGAAAUUCAGUCUUUUAAGGGAAGUCUACCUGUCUUCAGAAGUAAAGGGGAAUCACCCGAUUGCCUUUGCCAGAGUUAGCCGCUCUGGGCUAAAUUAAGAACAUUCAAAAUUACAAAGGGGAGAGAACUGCUCCUUUUCUGUUCUGUGUAGAUCUGUAUGUUUUUGGAAUUUUGAGGUGAAGAAAUGCUGCCCAGUGACAGAAAUAGAUCUUGGACACACUUAAGAGAGGCAGAGCAACGGGUGAGAUAAUCGUAGUGAUCUGUCAACAAACUUAAUAGGUAUAAUUUGUUGAAAUCACCAAAAAACAAAAAAAUGCAGUUCCAAAAGUGUCCAAUCAAGUUUUCUCUAUAUCGAGGAAGCAAUAUCAUUUUACUAAACGACUACAUCGCUAAAGCAAACUAUGAAACAGCCCAUGGUCAGUUUCUGUUGCAGAAUGAGCUUAUCGCUGGUCAAACCUUCGACCUAGAAAUACGUGGGAAAGGAAUUUUAAAAAUACAAGCAUUUGAUUCCAAGAGGGAAGCCAUGAUGUGGGUCAAUGAUCAGGUCCCCUUAAGUCACGGAAGUAUCCGAAUUCGAACCACAGACCUAUUUUACUACAAGAUUUCUGUGCCGCUCCAAGGAAAGGAGAUUAUCUUGUCAACCAGGAAGGGACAAAGACAGGACCGGCUGGAUGGUAAAAUCUUGGCUUUUGAUAUUGAGUACGGGGAUCUGAUGGUCAUGGUGCUGAAUGAACAGAACAACAAUUAUGUUGGCUUGGAUGAUAAUUGCAAAAGCCGUCACAUUGAAAUCAAUUGUGCGCCCAAAUUGUCGCAUGCUUACUUGAAGCACUACAAUCCCAGCUCGCUCUGCACGCCAGAUAGCGGGUGCCUGAGACCCGGGGAGCAAUUCAAGCUGGAAGUGAACGGACCGGAAGGCUCCAACCAGACCGGAAGCUACCUGCGCAUCUGCGCCUCCAGAAGGCACGGCGAGUACGGCAAUGACCCCUUGCUGCGGUGUGAAGGGACACCGAACCUGCCGGAGUACAAAGGGAAAAGGUUGAUGAUCAAACCCAAGGCCAAGGAGACGUUCAUUCUCAACGUCGUAGACAACUGGGUGUUCGUUAACAGAAGCGGCAGAGAAUAUGACAGGCUGGAGGCUCCAGUCAGCACAUGUGACCUUGCCCUUUACUUUGAAAUGCAUAGAGUAGAGAUACGACUUUGGCGUUUAAGAGUUGUGCCUUUUGGAGAGAAGAAACGAGAAGAUUGUCCACCUAACUACCCAGCACCACCGCCACCUCGCCGAAUCCCUAGAAGACAGCCAUCCUUAAGCUCGGCAACAACGGGCUUUUCAGAAUUACAGUCCUCGUUCUGUUCCUCGGAUUCUGGUAGCCACCGGUACAUAUCUAUACAGAUGGACAACGGGUUGAGCGCCUACAUUUCUGCUGAGAGUGUUCAAGAAAAUUCAGAUAUGGAUCAUCUUGAUUUUGAAAGCAGCCAGUUCGACUCUGGGGAAACGUAUAGACCGGGAAUUCCCGGAUUUUCGGCUGUACCAAGACGAACGCCACCUUUACCGCCAAAACCGCAUUCGUUUUCUUCAAAAGGCAAACCUGUCGAUGAAGUCAAACCACCAGUACCGCCAAGGCUUCCACCAAAAUGUGCUUAUGCCAAUAAACCAUUACCGCCACUGCCUUCACCGAAAAGGCUAGAGGUUGAAAAGAAUGAACGCUGCCAAGAAUGGGUCCAAAGCCUAGAUAUGUCAGAUGCGAAUGAGAAUGCUUCCGCCUACACUGGCAAUUUGGCUUCUUCCGUAAGCACUGAUAGUAGCUUCAUGAUCAGUUACAGCUGUGGUGACAACGAGGAACACUACAGGCAUGAGCUGAACAUCACAGACACCCAAGCCCAACAUAUUCCCAUCAUUGACCCCCGACUGAGCAACGGCACUCUUAGCAACACAUGCAACCUUCCAGAUAGCCCUACGUCCAUGUCUUCUAUAGACAGUGAAGGGUUUUUCCAAGACAUGACUGACUGUGACCUUCUAGUGAACCCACCGCCCUGCGGUUCGGCCAAAAAAAUGAGUUGUGGUGAAGAUGAAAACAUGGAUAAGAACCUCAGUGAUUCCAUGGACUCAGAAAGCAAUUUCUCAGAGAUGUCGACUGAUGAGACAGACGUGAAGACGGUUGCCAAGAUAAACAACCUAGCCUCUUGGGCGGACUCAGAGACGCAUGGUGAUUUCCAGCCUUUUUACAAGUCGAUUCACGGGGAUGAUGCCAAUCCUUACCCCACCCCAAGCACUACGGAGUCCGAAAGUGAAGAGGGCGCAUGUUUUGUCUUCUUUGAAAACGAGCUGAAUAGGGAGGAUGAGGGCGUGACGCUGCGAAACAGUACCCUCCAUGACAGGAACAUCGUGGAAAGCUCGGUCAUCAACUACUCCCAGUGUCCGUCCCCCACCAGGAUAGACGGGGACAUAGCCACCAUUGAGCAGGGGCCAGUUCUGACCAUACCAUCCAACCUCGCAUUCGAAAGAUCUCCCACGUUCAAGAGGAACCUGAAUACGUCUUCAAUCAAACGUCACAACUCGAAAGAAAAAUGAACAGGAUCCAGUCGAUUCUAUUUUGUCCUGAAGCAUUUAUCAACCUUUCAUGACUGGAAAGAGUCUUAGGUUAUCAUAAGUAUUAGUACUUUUUCCAUGGUGUGGGAACUGCUGAUUUGUGAGAUCGAUUUGAAGACUGUAGCUGCACAGAGAGACAGCCAUUGAGCUUCCAUUUCGUAUCAUUCUGCAUAAGACUAAAGAGAACACCUUUAUUUUCCACACACACAAAUAUCAGAGAAUCGGACUUGGUUUCUCUAACCAUUCACCACAUCUGGACUCCUUUGAAGUCAUACUUAAUAAUGGAGAGCGGCAGUUGAUUUGGUCAUGUAUUCAUUCCUAAAAAAACAACUAACUUGACUCUUGCAAUCUGUGUUCAACUUCCUCUCGCGUGACAUUAUGGGGACUAAUUAGGCACAAUAAUGGCAAUAUUCUUCAGAAAGCUAACUUGACAGCUAUUGCAUAGGAGGGCACAGUGUACAUUAUUGUUCAUAAACUUUCUUCCAAUGAAAGAAUGUUUUUAUUAUGACAAACUCUUUUUUUUUUUGGCCUAUCCAUACACUUUUCAACCCUCCUUUUUACAUGCUUUAUUUUUGUUUGUAUCAUUUAUAAAUCUUCAUUAUUACUGUGCGGUUAUUCUCGUGAAAACGAUAUACAACGUUACUGAAUGCUAUUUAAGCCGAUGCUGGUCCUCUACACUUAUAUUGAACUAGUUCAGUCUAUAAUGUAGAUCUAUGAAGAUCAGUCGUUAGGAGAUUUUCUAAAAACACAUGAUAGAACGUAGCAGUCUGCUUUACUAUUGGUAGAACUCAAUUCUGAUUGUAUAGUUGAGGUUAAGGCUUGAAAGGUUGAUUACGGUUGUGAUGUACAGAAAUUGGACUUUUAAUUUUUUGUAAAAGUAGAUGAAUUUUUUACCAUUUUUAAAAUAUGUUACCUACUAUGGGUAAAUAUUAUAAUAUUUUUUUUAGGACAUAUGAAUUGUAUUUGUAACAAGUUUACAGUCCAUAGCAGUAAUACUAUUUGUCAAACUUUUUCUUUAGUAUUAACCGUUGUACAUUUGCUUAGAUACUGUCAAUCUGUGACACACGCAGAGUCUCAUGAUAUCUGUGUUAUAGUGUUUCUGUGGCCUCCCGAAGCGACUAUGGAUCAUCUCAGAAAUGACAUCAAAGCCAGGGCAUAAGCAAUGGUCAGAACGUUUUCUGCAACACAGCAGUUCUCUGCUCUCUCCACGCAGCUGUCCCUUGAAGGUUUGGAUCAGCAGAGUCUCAGGCUUUGCCAGGGUGUAGCAGUGUGUGCUGCAGGCUCUGCCAGGGUGUAGCAGUGUGUGCUGCAGGCUCUGCCAGGGUGUAGCAGUGUGUGCUGCAGGCUCUGCCAGGGUGUAGCAGUGUGUGCUGCAGGCUCUGCCAGUGUGUGUUGCAGGCUCUGCCAGGGUGUAGCAGUGUGUUUAGUAGGCUUUUCCAGGGUGUAGCAGUGUGUGCUGCAGGCUCUGCCAGGGUGUAGCACUGUGUGCUGCAUGCUUUUCCAGGGUGUAGCAGUGCGUACUGCAUGCUCUUCGAGGGUGUAGCAGUGCGUACUGCAUGUUUUUCGACGGUGUAGCAGUGUGUGCUGCAUGCUCUGCCAGUGUAGCAGUGUGUGCUGCAUGAUCUGUCAGGGUGUAUCAGUGUGUGCUGCAUGCUCUCAAAGGGUGUAGCAGUGUGUGCUGCAGGCUCUGCCAGGGUGUAGCAGUGUGUACUGCAAGCUCCUCCAGGGUGUAGCAGUGUGUGUUGCAAACUCCUCCAGGGUGUAGCAGUGUGUGCUGCGGGCUUGUUUUUGUCUCAGGGUUGACUUUCGAAGUUUUUCACAUGUGUGUUUAUAGCCGCAGAGGUUUGCAUUCAGAGUUUUCCUUCUCGAAGGUGGAUAGCCAGCAAGGCUAACAAUCCCUAUUGCUAAUAGAACUACAGUAAAGAGCUCGUAUUUCGGCUUAGUUUGGCGGGAACUCUCAUGGGCUACA